AUGGUGCCUCCCCCUAGAGCCGUCCCUGCACUCAACGACCUCUCAACUUUCGACCGCUUGAUCUCCGAAUCGCGUACGCUAGUCUCCGUCCACGAAGACCCUCUACAGAGACUCGGCGGGUACAUGCUCGAAGCCCUAAUCGCUCGACUCGACCUCUCAGGAAGCUCGAUUUAUAAAUCCCUAAAAUGCAAAGAGCCCCAAACCUCCGAUCUCUUGUCCUACAUGCACUUGCUCUACAAGGCGUGCCCUUAUUUCAAGUUCGGCCACUUGUCCGCCAACGGAGCCAUAACCGAGGCCAUGCGCGACGAGCCACGAAUACACAUAAUCGACUUCCAAAUCGCUCAGGGAUCCCAGUGGGCCCCACUCAUCCAAGCCGUCGCGGGCCGGCCCGGCGGGCCCCCGCGGGUUCCGAUCACGGGCAUCGAUGACCCGGUUUUGAGCCGCACGCGUGGCGGCGGGCUCGAGAUCGUGGGCCGCAGGCUUUCGGGCCUGGCUCAGUUGUGCGGGUUUCCCUUGGAGUUCUGCAGGUUAUUGGUCUCGGGCUGUGAAAUCGAGAUGGGUCGGAUCGAGGUUCGGGCCGAGGAAUCCGUGGCCGUGAAUUUCGCGCUCGUGUUGCAUCACAUGGCGGACGAGAAUGUGGGCCCGGGUUUGGGCCUGGCCCGAAAUGAUCGGGAUCGGGUGUUGAGGAUGGUGAGGGGGUUGUCACCGAAUAAUAAGGUGAAGGUCAUGACUUUAGUGGAGCAGGAGAUGGGCACGAGUGGUGGCCCAUUUGUGGCUCGUUUUGUGGAGACGCUCGAUUAUUAUCUGGCAGUGUUUGAGUUGAUGGAUGUGGUGUUGUCGAGGGAGAGGUAA